AUGGUUUAAAAGAGGGUGAUACAUGCAUUUGAGAGUAGAGAUUCGAUAAGUUCCAUGGGCUGUGAGUUCUACUCAACAUGUAAUUGUGAAAUAUAUUAUUAUUUCUGCAAUCAUAAAUAUUCAAAGGAUUUUUUUAUUAUUAUUGUUCAUUAUGAUUUCAUAAAUCUUAUUAUUUAUUACAUGGUUAUGAAUAUGAAUAUCCCUUAUUCAUAAGCAUUUUUUAUGAAGAAUUAAAUUGUAUAAAUAAUUUAUUAAAAUACUUUAAUAUGGAUUUCACAGGGUAAUUCAGAUUGGACGAGGACUCGAUGGCAAUAAAUAUUUUCCAGACACCUGUUAAAGGCUUAGUGUAAGGUAUGUUUAAACUUUUCAUCUACUUUUCUCAUAUUAUAUUACAUGUUAUGGCGGAAUAUUUUCGCGCUUAUACAACAAUUUUAUUCAGAAGCUAAUUGCAAUUCACAAGCAAACACAAAUAAGAAAUUAUUUGUUUAGAUUGAACCCUUCGAAAAACCAAAGAUUCAAUCAGAUUCUAUAAAAUCUCAGAAGAAGUGGAGUCUAAAAUACAUCAGCAGUCGAGUUAUGAUGGAGUUAUCGAAUGAAGCUAUGGCUUAUAGUGAUAUUUGCUAAAAAUUGACAGAGGAGAUGAUUUAAGAGUUUAAUGGAUAAUAAAAUGAUAGGCAGAAAGAAAUCAAAAAUCUUAGGAGAAGAGUCUAUGAUGCUUUGAAUGUCAUGAUUUCAAUUGGAAUAGUUGUAAAAGAGAAGAAAUUGAUAAGAAAGAAUGCUGAGAGCUAAGUUAAUCUAACAAAGUAGAAUUUAAUAAUUAGAAAACAAAAAUAAAAAGAAUAAUUAUAAAUAAAAAAAGCCUCAGCCACAAAUCAUAUUAAAUAAUAGGAGAGUCUUACGAAACUUGUAGAAUUGAACAAAAUGAGAGAUGUGGAUGAAAGUGAGAAAAUCAGAUUCCCAUUCAUUCUAGUCAAAACCUAAUUAAAAAAUUCUGAUGAAGAAGAAUUGGUACUUGAAUAGAAUAAAUCGAUGGAUUACUUGAAGGUCUUUAGUAAGAACUUACUUGAUCUCUAGUUAGAUCUAUCUGUAGUACAGAAGCUAUUUCAAAGUGAACACAUGGUAUUGUGA